GUCACAGAAAACGAACUUUGCACUGCCUCAACUACAGCCAAGCAAAGAAGGCAAAUAGCUGUUUAGUAAAUUUAUCAAAUAUUCAUUUUUUAAUUUGGUUAAGUACCUUUACAACGCUACCUUAUCACCACUUCAAAACGACCUUAAGUAACAGGCUAGCUGCUGUACUGUAGCAUGCAGUGGGUAAAAAUAGGAAGACAGACAUUUAAAGAUGUGCUCACACAUUUGCCGAGAUUUGUGGCUCGUCGAAACAUGUCGUUGUCUCAAACUAAACGGCCAGUUUCCUUACUGGGAACUAUGUCGUUGGGUCAACCAGCCAACGCAGAGCAGAGCCUGGAGAUGGUGAAGAUUUUCCUGGACAGGGGACACAUCCAUGUGGACACAGCCUUCAUGUAUGUGGAUGGGAAGUCAGAGACAGCCUUAGGGGGCAUGAAUCUUCCUAAAACAGUAAGCAUAGCAACCAAGGCCAACCCCUGGGAUGGGAAGACGCUGAAGCCAGAGAGUGUGCGAUCUCAGCUGGAAACCUCCCUUCAGAGGCUGCGGACCGAUUGUGUGGACCUUUUCUACCUUCAUGCCCCUGACCACCAGAACCCCAUCCAGGAUACCCUUAGGGCCUGUAAUGAACUGCACAAAGAGGGAAAAUUCAAGGAGUUUGGUGUAUCAAACUAUGCAUCGUGGCAAGUGGCUGAAAUUGCCAGCAUCUGCAGAAACAACAACUGGAUUGUUCCCACUGUGUAUCAGGGAAUGUACAACGCCAUUACAAGACAGGUUGAGACAGAGUUGCUGCCAUGUCUGAGAUACUACGGAAUGAGAUUCUAUGCAUACAAUCCCCUAGCAGCUGGCAUUCUGACAGGAAAGUACCAUUACCAAGACAAAGAUGUACCCCAGCCUGCAGGACGAUUCUUUGGUAACAAAUUGGCUGCAGCAUACAGGGACAGAUACUGGAAGCAGAGUCAAUUCAAAGCAAUAGACGUGGUUCAAAAGGCCUUGGAGACAGUUUAUGGCUCAGAGAAACCCACCCUGACUUCUGCUGCUAUGCGCUGGUUGUACCAUCACUCCCAACUUAAGGGUGAUCUUGGUGAUGGAGUCAUCAUUGGCAUGUCAAGUAUGGAGCAACUUCAGCAAAACCUGGCUGCUGCAGAGGAGGGUCCUCUGGAUGAAAGAGUGGUCGCCGCCUUCAAUGAGGCCUGGAAUCUUGUAGCCCACGAGUGUCCAAACUACAUCCGUUGACCAGCCAAAAUAGUCCAAUGAAAUUUUAGAGAGAAAAGAGAUCUGCUAAAGCCCCUUUCCCUUAAUUUCCUUCGUUACUUGUACCUUUUUCCUGAAAUCACCCUUGAAAUUUGUUUUUGUGUAGUAACGAAGAGCACUUUUAAAAUUAAGAUAUUUUUUUCAGGGAAAAAUAACUGCCUUAAUAAAACUAUUACAUUAAAAAGAAAACCAAUUUGAGUCACCAGUGUUCACUGAACAACAAUUCAGUCGAAAGCUAAAAUUCAAGGUGAAGGGUGAAAAAAGGCCAAAGGAGAGAGAUUAAAGACUCUAGGGGCAGCACUGGCAGUCAGGAUGAAUGGUUUGAAUGUCCCUCUGUUGUUGAAGGCAUUUUCUAUAGUAAAACAGUCAAGAACUCACCAGAAUACAAGCCUACUCAGGAGUAAGCACGUCUCCCUCCUUACAGACUUUGUGGUCCUUCAGCAGUGGCAACACUCCUGUAAUAACUAAGAUUAUACAAAUUGUGACUAUCAUCGACCAAACAGAUCUGUCAUCUAACCUGAAAAGCCUUAAUUUUCUCAUGUCUUUGACACAAGUUUUUGCAUGUUCCGCCCUCAUCAUUAUCUACUAUCCUCCAUUAGGAAAUAUUAGGGAAGUACUUAUUAAAAAGUCAUACAUUUUCAA